CUUCACAUAACGCAGAGAGUCCCACGUCUUCAAUCGUGAAGCCUGCAACUUAUAUCUCGGUUCUGCCAACGAGUCCCCUUCCAUAUUUAUUUUCUGAGGGACCUAUCCCGGCUCAUCGCUCUUCUGUACCCAAAGAGCCAUCUUCCCCUAUUUCGGAUGCAGUAACGCUUCAGGGAUCCCCGACGCCCGAAGUAUUAUCUAUCUCAUCUUCUAUUCUCGCCCCGGCGACACUAUUUCCCUCAUCCUCCAACUCUUUCAUCUCAUCUACUGUGGCAUGUAUACCAGCAUCGCCACUUAAGAAAGAACCAGAGGCAAAUGCUGAAGCAAAACUCCUCUUUGUACCGCCGGCUUUGCCGGCCGAUAAUAUCAACGGCUUCAAUAGAUACCCUGAAGCAAGUGGUGACCACGUACCAGUUGCUGAGAGAGCAACAAGUCUUCCCAUCUCUUUAUCUUCACCCGAAUUCGACCCUUCGAUGACUGGCUUGUCCAACGCUCUAAUUAUUGCGCCUGGCUUUCACACAGAAACAGAUUCUGGGAGUGUCAAUGACACCUCGGGAGAAUUAUAAGUUUCGUUUGAUGGCAUUCCAUCUCUUGAUGAGAUCGCGACCGGGCUCAGCGAUGACCCCAGCCACGAAUUCAGGCUUACACAAGAAGAUGUCGCCGCCCUCAAUGAUAUAAUGUUCGGAAGCGGCAAUAAAUUAGCUGCUCCACUCACAGCUGACGAGCUGGAGGAAAAGCUUGUCGAGGAGUUCAUCGGUAUCCAGGACCACCCUACAAUCGAGGAUUACCCCACAGUCCCAGAUUUCUUUGCGCCUGAAUUAGGAGAGCAGAUGGAGGGUAUCACCGCCGAAAACCCCUGUACUGUUGAUCAUGUUAGCGAUGAGAUGGUCAUCGACGGAACAUGCGCUCUUGUUACUGAAAGUCCUGAUAUCGUCAUGAGCGGGGAGGAAAGCAAGGAUGAAAGCAUGGAUGUAGACCACCAGAUGGACGAUAUAGAUCCAAUGGAUGAGAGGGAAGAUACAGGGAAUAUCUUUGGGCUUAGGCCAAGCACCGAUGUGGCCUUGACUACAGCCGCUUCGAAGCUUGCUGAUAUCGACAGUCACAUGGACGAGGAUUCCACUACGUUUGACAUGUCCGAGCUCUUGAGUUCCUUGUCGUCAACUCCAGAAGCACUUGCAGCCCAAACUUCGUCUGUCGAGCCACUGACUCUUGGUCCCACCGCUGAACAACAAAUUGGUGGAAAUAAUGGCUCUACGCAACCUCUAUCUGAGCCUCCACCAGAUACGCCUUCAACCACGUUUUCUGAUGUUUUUGACCUUGCGGAUUUGGAGGCUCAACUCGCAUCGGACAUUGCAAGUCUUGUCCCCGAUGCUGAUGCGCUUAGCACUCCGGCUCCCGCGACAGCCUCUACAGCUGCACCACCAGUCUCUUUCACCGCACCCUCAACACUCAUCUCCACUGUUCCCGCACCCGAAAAUGCAGUCAGCACCUCUCCCACCGCGUCAUCUGCGCCAAGCGAUGCCCGUGCGACUUUGGCGCCGGCUUCUAUCAGAAAUAAGAUGCCUCCAAGACCUCGAGCCGCUAUACCGCCCAUCCCGUUUAUUAGUAAGCAAUUUCCAAGAUUAUAUUACUCUUCUCUCGUCAUAUCAUCAGAGAGGGUAAUUUCCAAACACCUCAUGAUUCUUGAGAAUCCUAAAGCUCCCGAUCAUAUCGAAGCUUUCUCGGGAAAGCUCGAGCCACAAUUAACUGACCUCUUCCGUUGCAGGGGCACCAAGUCCGACGGCGCCGAAGUUCGACUCGCGUUUCCUUGUCUCCAGCACGCCGAGGGAACCAGAGUGCAAGAUCCUAGCCCUUGAUCCCGGACACAGACCUACCAGCAAACAGCGCACCACGUGCCGCACACAAGAGGUCUACGUAGAAGACUACAUGGAGAACGAAGGAUUCCGGCAGAAGGCGCUCUGGCAGGCCAGAGGUUGCCCAUCGAUGGACGAAGAAGAGCUCGUGCAGCUCGUACAGCGGAUGGAGGCGUCGGCCGAAGAGGCCAAGAAGGACUGGCCGUCUCGCCGGGCGGGCAUCGAAGAGCAGACGAAGCUCGACUUGGCGGCAAAGAAGGCGCGGGACAAGAAGAUCAUGGGCGAGAAGCACGCGGCGGCGCGGGCUGCCGCUAUGGAGAGAAUCAAGAAGAGGAGACAGGCCAAACCCCAAGAAGUCUCUAUCUUUAUGAGUCAGUGCCUUCUUUUUCUUUUCCCUCGUGAUCUCUCCAGCUUCCCACCUCUCUAUCAUUACUAUGUAUACUCUGUAUUCUCCUAGAACUUUGACUAAUACUGUUCAU